AUGAUUUCACUCUAUAAGGCUAUCCUACAUUAUAGAAAGAAAAGAAAAAAGAAAAAGUUAAUUAAAAAUCCUUCAAUCUCUUCUCUCACCAAAGAAAUAAACGGUUGAAGCUAAUUUAUAAAAACAAAAACACCCUUCUUCUUCUUCUUCUUCUUCUUCUUCUUCUUCUUCUUCUUCUUCUUCUUCUUCUUCUUCUUCUUCUUUUCAACCCUCUUUUUCACUUUUGCAUGAAACUUCAACUUUUGCAUGCAUGUAUUUGAUUUCACUAAAAGGUUCGUAGAAAACUGCAAAAAUAGGUAGAGAAAAUGAAGAACACAUAGCAGAGGUGAGCAAUGACUUACCCUCUGCUGAGACAUCACCUAAUGAACAGAUAUCAAAGGAAGAGGUACCAGUGUUUCAAGCUGUUUCAUCUUGUAUGGAUACAACAGAGCUUCAUCAUGCUCCUGAAGGUCUCAUUGAGACCAAUGUUGGUGAUUACUCAGGAAUAAAUAACUUUCAAGAUGUUAAAAAUGUUGUCAUUGUUGAAUCUUCAAAACUUUGGUCUAUUGCAAGCCCUAUUUGUUUUGGUAUACUAUGCAAUUAUGCAAUUAAUACCUUUACAAAUAUAUUUGUUGGACAUCUUGGUGAUUUGGAACUCACAUCAGUUUCUAUCUCUCUAUCUGUUGUUUCAAACUUCUCUUUUGGAUUCAUGCUUGGCAUGGCUAGUGCACUAGAGACAUUAUGUGGACAAGCAUAUGGUGCAGGACAAGUAGAAAUGCUUGGUGUUUACAUGCAACGUUCAAUCCUAAUCUUAUUCGGUGCAUGUUUUCUCAUCAUGCCAAUUUACAUUUAUUCAACACCAAUCUUAAUACUCCUUGGACAAGAACGUGACAUAGCAGAACUUGCUGGAGUAUUCACUGUUCAAUCCAUCCCUCAGUUAUUUUCAUUAGCCAUAAAUUUCCCUGCCCAAAAAUUCUUGCAAGCACAAAGCAAAGUUGGAAUUUUGGCAUGGUUGGGUUUCGUAUUCCUCAUUAUUCAUAUCAUGAUUCUUAUACUUUUUAUUAAAGUGCUUGGUUGGGGUACAGCUGGUGCUGCUGCAGCUUAUGAUAUAUCAGCUUGGGGAAUUGCUUUGGCUCAAAUGGUUUAUGUUGUUGGUUGGUGUAAAGAAGGUUGGAGGGGUUUGUCAUGGUUAGCUUUUAAGGAUCUUUGGGGGUUUAUGAAAUUGUCUUUUGCUUCAGCUAUUAUGCUUUGUUUGGAGGUAUGGUAUUUUAUGACCUUGAUUGUUCUCACUGGACACUUGGAUAAUCCAAUUAUUGCUGUUGGAUCACUUUCAAUAUGCAUGAAUGUGAAUGGAUGGGAAGGCAUAUUGUUCAUAGGGGUCAAUGCAGCUGUCAGUGUAAGAGUUUCCAAUGAACUUGGAUCAGGACACCCAAGAGCUGCAAAGUAUUCUGUUGUUGUCACAGUUAUUGAGUCCCUCAUCAUUGGAAUAGUAUCUGCAGGCAUUAUUCUAAUUACAAAAGAUCACUUUGCUGUCAUUUUCACUGACAGUAAAGAUAUGCAAAAGGCAGUUUCUAAAUUAGCAUCUCUUCUUGGUAUAACCAUGAUUCUAAAUAGUGUUCAGCCAGUUUUAUCAGGUGUUGCUGUAGGAGGAGGAUGGCAGGCUUUGGUAGCUUACAUUAAUCUAUUUUGUUAUUAUCUUAUGGGACUUCCCCUUGGAUUUUUUCUUGGUUACAAAGGGGGAUACAGAGUGCAGGGUAUUUGGGUUGGAAUGAUAUGUGGGACAGUUUUGCAGACAGGCAUCUUGGUGUAUAUUAUCUAUAAAACAAAUUGGAACAAAGAGGUGGAGCAAGCAUCAGAAAGAAUGAAGCAAUGGACUGGACAAGAAUCAGAAAUGAGUGACAUGUAGAAAUCCAAAAGAUUCAAAUCAUUGCAAAUUUUGUGUAUUUUUACUAGGUGACAAAAAUGUUCAUUUGUAAGCCAUAGUGGAACUUUCUUCUUAAUCAUGUAAUAAAGUGUAAUUAUGUAUGUAUAGAAAUUCUUCUUAAUCGUGUAAUAAAGUGUAACAAUGUGUUAUAGGCAA